UGGGCAUUCAUUUCAUCCAUCCCCAGCGGACACGACGAGACGGAAGAACAUCAGCAGAGUCAGUGUGUUCCGAUGGGCAGCAAAGAAACUGACAAGAUGAACGGCGUGGACAGCGGUCACAGUGCCGUGCCGCUCGACAGUGACACAGAGGCGAGAGUGGAGGAGUUCCGCAGGUGACCACACACCACACACACCUUCUCGGAUGGAUGGAUGGAUGGAUGGAAUGAAUGGAUGGAUCGUUGUGUCGCCGCUGUGUGUGCAGGUGUGGCCAUCAGAUGGUGGACUUCAUCGCCGAGUACUACCGAGAUCUCGCCCGGCACAAGUAUCCCGUGCUGCCGUCUGUCGAGAUGGGCUACCUCACCAAGACGGAGCCCAAACACGCGCCUCAGCAGCCCUGCAGCUACGAGGACCUCAUGAGAGAGGUACGGCCUGAUUCUCUGUCUGUCUGUCUGUGUGUGUGUGUGCCCCUCUCAUCUCAUGGUCUCCCUGUUGCAGGUGGACACCAAGAUAUUACCGGGCGUCACCCACUGGCAGCACCCGAGGUUCUUCGGCUACUUCCCCGCCUCGUCAUCGUUCCCCGCCAUGUUGGGCGACAUGCUGUCGAUGGCCUUCAACACCAUCGGCUUCUCGUGGGCCGCCGCCCCAGCCGCCACUGAGCUCGAGACCGUCGUCAUGGACUGGCUGGUCAGCCAGGCUGGCUGUCUGUCAGCGAGAGAGAAGAGACCUUCCCAUCAGCCGAGAGGAAAAACACAUAUCUGUGUGAGUGUUGGGUGGAUCAGGCGGCUGCGUGCGAUCUGCCGAGUGUGUUUGUGUCGUCUGGGAGUGGCGGGGGUGUGAUUCAGCAGACGGCCAGCGACUCGAUGCUCGUGGUCAUCAUGGCGGCGCGGCACAGGGCGGUGGCGCAGACGGGGGAGACCGACACGCGCCAGUUUGUGGCCUAUGCGUCGGACCAGGCCCACUCGUCCAUCAUCAAAGAGGCCAAGGUCAGCACACCGCUUCGGAAACAGACAGACAAGCUGAUGUGUGGUUCGUUCAGUGUGCUGGUGUGCAAGUGCGAAGCAUCAAGACGUCGCGCGAGCACAGCUAUGCCCUGCAGCCGACCGAUCUGAUCGCUCAGAUGAGGAAGGACACUCAAGACGGUGACCAAUCCCCGCGAGACAGAAUGGCUGCGUAUCAACGCCAUGAUGCUCAUCCACUGGUCGCUCUCUUUUUAUGUGUGUGUGGUCAGGUCUGAUUCCGAUCUUUGUGUGCGGCACCAUCGGCACCACCUCCACCACUGCCGUCGACCCAAUACAGGUGACUGACCCACACACAGACACUGAGCGAUGCAGUCAGACACCCACCCCGGUCGCCUCGGGCGCAUUGUCAGUCGUUGGCUGAGUCGGUGAGGUGUGAGUUUGCCGGGCUGCCCGUGUGGCUGCAUGUGGACGCCGCCUAUGCCGGCACGGCGGCACUGGUGGCCGAAUGCCGACACCACUUCAAAGGUACCUGCCUCCGCCACACACAGACAGUCACACACUCACGGGCCUUGUCUGCCUCGGUGGGUGGUUUGUUGGCUGGCCUUGAAGGUCUCGAGCUGUGGGACUCGUUCAACUUCAAUCCUCACAAGAUGAUGAUGUAAACCAACACCAAGGGGGCAGCCAGGCAGCACACUCAGCUCUCCCUCUCUGUGUGUCUGUGUGUGUGUCUGUUAGGAUAUCGUUUGAUUUCUCUGCGCUGUACGUCCAGGAGAGGUCGGCGCUCAUCGACCUCUUCUCUGUCGGAGAGGAAUGCCUCAGAAACAAGUCGGCCAACCACCCUUACCCACAGCCCACCUCGCUGCCUUUGUGUGGGUGCAAUCCUCUCGCCCAUCCCUCAGGGCGUCCGAGAGCGGUCAGGUCAUCGACUACAGGAAGUGGCAGGUCCCACUGGGCCGCCGAUUCCGAGCUCUCAAGCUGUGGUUUGCCUUUAAGCUCAUGGGCACCGAGGGGCUGCAGCGACACGUCAGGCGCAGCUUCGCGCUGGCCGAGCGGUUCGAGCGAUGGGUGGCGGCCGACGACCGGUUCGACAUGCCGACGCCGCGGCUGUUUGGCCUGGUGUGUUUGCGGCUGAAGGGGCAGCCCAACGACGCACAGGUCAGCGGCAGAAGGGGGCAGAGGAGCUGGGGAAGUGCGAGUGUGCAAUGUUCCGCUAUCAGUGUGCGUUGCUGGACGGUGUGAAUGGCUGUGGGUUCUUCCUCGUGAGCACCAAGGUGGACGACCAAGUCGUCAUCAGGGUGAGAGAGCGCCUCUCUCGCCGCACCGCGCGGGUGAUGUGACCCAUGUGGCCUCUCCGUGUGUGUGUGUGGUGCAGGUGGCCGUCGGGUCGCCCCAGUGUGAGGCUCAAGACAUCGACGAGCUGUGGCGCGCCUUCCAGAGAGAAGCCGACAAGCUUGUGGGGCCCUCCAAGUAGUAAGCUGCCUGCCUGUAGCCGUGUGUCCGGCGGUGUGUUUAAGCUGAGCGUCGAGCUGUCUGUUCGGUCAAUGAAGUCUCAGUCAGAGGCCGGCCGGCCUUGUUGCGGCGGCGUGUGUAUGUGUGCGUGUGUGUGUGUGUGUGUGUGUGGUGUCGAUAAUGAUGAGGCUCUUUGUCGUGUGUUGCCGAGGAUGCUGCAUGUUGAUGCAAAGCUGACACGUGUGAAAUGCCAUUCUGUCAACUGUUUUGCGUCCAUCGCCGUGGCCAAUGUAGGGUCGCAUACAUCUACUCGUAGAC